AUGCGAGCGUGGGUGUAUGUAUCAGCAGCGGCAACGCUCCUAGCACUGGCAGCGGCAGCAGCGCGUCGGAGCGAGCAAGACUUCGAGUUCGACGAUGAUGUGGUAGGCGUGAACUAUUAUUCCCUGUGCCAAUCUCUGGUCUGCAAGAGACGGGAGGUAUGUUUGUUGAGAGAUGCCUUCACUGCGCUUUGUGCAAACAAGAAAGAAAUAUUGCGAAAGGGCGACACGAUAGUUGCGGGCAGCGUGCGCGAAGACAACGUAUGGGGCCGCGACGAUGAUGAUGACGUGUUUUAUGAAGGCGUUGCAGGAUCGGAUUCUGGUACAAGACUGGAUACUAGCGCAGAAACAGAGCAGGAUUCCAGCGCUGGGUCACGUUGCGUGGGUUGUCCGGCUCGCGGUCGAGCGGAAUUCCUGUGCGGGUCGGAUAACCGCACUUACUCGUCCCUGUGCCGAUUGGACUUGCAUAAUUGUGUGAGGCGCACUAUCCGCCCUGUACGGCUCGCCUGCCGCGGCUUUUGUCCGUGUGUUCGCCGCCGCACCCACGUAAAACCAGUUUGGGGGUGGCGAAGGCGAAAGGCUGAUUCUGGACGUAAUGAAGUGCUACCAGAUCGGACUACACGACGAAAUACUGACUUAGAGUCUGAUGAGUGUGCAUUGGACAAAAUGGCGAAUCGGCUGCUCGAUUGGUUUUCUGUGUUAAUGGAAGAAGCUGGAGAAACACGAGCGCCUGAGGAAGGUUUCCCUAGUGAUUGUAAAGCAGAAGUUCGUUGGAUGUUCGCGCACUUGGAUACCGACGGCGACGGAUUCCUAUCACCGACUAAUCUUUAUUCGUUACGUAAGUACUGA